AUGAGGCCAGGCACUGCGAAUGAAGGCUGGCAACAACUCCAGCUCCCUUCUCGACGACAAUGUCCUAAACUCUUCUACGCAUUCACUGCUCAGAAGGACUCAUUCACACUUCUUCUAACUGACCUGAUAUCUUUGUGGAGCGUCUCAUUGGACAGAGACGAUAUUAUCACAGAAGCUGCCCGCCAGCAUGCGAGUAUCGAUCCAUCUGCCUCAACUGACCAGUUUGGGGUCUUACUGUCCAGAAUCCGCGAAAGCCUGAAGGAGGGCAAGAAUGCUCUCGUCAGAGAGGAUGGAAGGGGCACAGAUAUCCUACUUCUCCGGACAACAGUCGAACUUCCACGCCCACUAAGACCCUUGGAAUGGACCUUCAGGCUCGAACCCCAGAAUGCAUCUGAAUUGGCUGAACACAUCCUUCGCCCCAGUCUGCAUGAAAUAUCCAUAUCUCACGACAAAAUCGAGUCACUACACCAGAUCAUCAAAGACAAGGACCACGUAAUUUCGCGGCUGCUUGAUAGAAUUGGCAAUUCGGCCGUUGACCUGGGCUUAAUCUUUCCCGGUAUCACAGGCUUCACUCCACACAAAUACGGCCAUGUCUCCGUCGCAGACGCCAAGAAGUAUGUGCCAGGGAUGGCUGCUUUUGAAGAGACGUCAUGGUCGGAGCGGUUCUUCAAGGACGAAGGGUACGAAGGCGCUGACCGCACCGGAUUAGCCAAUCUCGUCCGUGGCUGUGAAAAGUGCUUUGCGCAUACGAAGUCUCAACAUGAAAGUUGGGUGAAAAGUCUCUCGUCGUCAGGUACCUUGGACAAUAAUGGUGACAACGGCACCCAGUUAAGGGCGGCUGCAAGGAAAGCCUCCCAACAACAGCAAGACCCUGGUGAUGAUUCAACGGACUCCAACGACGAUUUUGAGAGACAACCGACGCCUCCGCUCUUGAAGUCAAAGAGCCCGGAGACCAGAAAGACGGCGCAAGCAGAGGCAGAAGAUAAUACCGAGGAGGAAGUACCCCCUUCCAGACGAACGAAACCUUCCAAAAUCGGCAGCCUAGCUCGACGCAAAGUUAUCAAGGCGUUUGGAGGGUCUAAAUCUGGUCCUAAAUCAUCUUCUUCCGCAGGGCAAUCCUCUUCGCCGCUUCGCCGUCAGUCAGACGCAUCAACCGCCACAUCUACUGCCACUGCUUCAGAUGACCGCUCCGAUUCAGAUUCCCAACCACCGCCAAAGCAUCAAGACACUACAACUCGAUCCAGUCAAAAAUUUAGAUUGGGCACGCUGAGGAAUAAAAAAUUCCCAACACCAUCACAUGCAACGCCUUCACCGUCUCGCAGCAUCUCACCCGUUGCCCGCGCAAGAGAACAAUCCGAACAAAUUCAAUCUCGUCCUCAGAGCCGUGGCACUGAAUCCGAGGCACACUUGGGUCUAGACGGGCCUCAUACUUUGUCAUCACCACGGCACCGCCUGGGUCGUCUUGCUCAGAAGCCCGCUACAGCAAAGCCCAGCAACGAGCAAAGCGCAAGCGUCUCGCCAGAGCCACAGGAUGAAUCCUAUCAAAGAUCCCCCACAGUAGCAUCGGCCUCAGUUUCGACUCCGAAACGGAGACUCGGCAGACUAGGCGGUCGCAAACGGCGAGAGACAGGCUCUUCCACUGGGCCUUCGCCGGAAUCGAGUGAGAAGAAAUCCCGGACAAAAGCUCGCGUCGACGUCGAGAUGAAAGACACCCCUGCCGACGAUGAAGCGAUUGACUCGGAUGCAACAGGUUCUCCAUCCCCGUCUCCGUCCCCUUCUACAUCGAAACGACACGCAAAAUUCGCACAUCAUCCUGAAUCCAAUGCAGGCCCGAGGUCAGCAGCUGCGGCGGAGCCAGAGCCCGCACAGCAAGGAGAGAAAGCAGAGGAGAAAGAGCAAAAGCCUAAAGAAGAAACGGAAGAUCAAAAAGCUGACCGUCGACGCAUGGAGCUGAAACGUGCACUCGCGUCCAAUGCUGGCGGCAAGAAGAAACGGCGGUUUUGA